UUGAGGGUUUGGAAUAUAGCCAGUGCUACUUGAGUCCUUGGAGGUCAACACCGACAGUUGUAGAGUAGUUGAGGGUUUUGGGGUGUACAUAGAAAGAGACUACCUUUUUUCUGUCUAUGUAGAAAGUGCUUGGAGGUCUAUGUAGAAAGUGCUAGUUGAGGGUUUGGUGAUCUAUAGACUGUGCUAUUUGGGGGUUUCUGGUCGAUAGACGGUGCUAGUUGAGGGUUUGGAGGUCCUGUCUGGUGAGGGAUGUAUUCCCUGAGAGAGGUGAACCCCAUGCUGAGAGGGAUAAGAGUCUCACCACAGUGGGCGCUACAGAGACGUUCAGAACAGAUCACUGCACUACUCCAACAGGGAGAGCAGAAACCAUUCAAGGAAGUUAUUGACAUUAGCUCAGGUGAUUCACACAGGACCGGGAUAAAACCAAUCUCCUUUGUGCGACAGGUCCUGUCGGUCUGUCUGUACCCUGAGCUCCUGCAUGAUGACACACUUCCUGUGGACGUCAGGCAGAGAGCCCAGAGGCUGCUGGGAGAGUGUGAUGGGGGCAGUGUGGGUUCAUACACAGACUCCUGUGGGCUGCCUCAUGUUCAGCGCAGCGUUGCAGAGUUCAUCACUGGUCGAGAUGGAGGAGUGCCUUCCUAUCCCCACAACAUCUUCAUCUCUGCUGGCUCACAGACAGCUCUGAAAGUGAUGCUAAAGCUGUUGGUGAGAGGGAAGGGUGUGUCCCAAACGGGUGUGUUGACCCCCCAGCCCUGCCCCCACACCCUGCCCAUGCUGCUGGAGGAGGUAGGGGCUGUCCUGGUGCCUUACCAGCUGAGUGAGGAGCAGGGCUGGGCCCUGGAGCCAGGGGAGCUGCACCGAGCCCUUACCGCCUCUAGAGGGCACUGCAGGCCCAGAGCGCUCUACAUCAGCAACCCUGGUAUCCCCACUGGUCAUGUACAGAGCAGGAAAUCUAUAGAAUGGGUGAUUCAGUUUGCUGCGGAAGAGAGGCUCUUCCUAUUGGUCAAUGAGGUGUAUCAGGACUGUGUGUAUGGGGAGGGCAUGGAGUUUAUGUCCUAUAAGAGGGUCCUGUUUGAAAUGGGUCAGCAGUACUCUGAGAUGGUAGAACUGGCCUCCUUUCACUCCAUAUCCAAUGGCAUCAUGGGAGAGUGUGGGCUGCGUGCGGGGUACAUGGAGCUGGUGAAUGUGGACCCAGCAGUGAUGGUGUUUGCUAAGACCCUCCUGUGUACUGACAUCAAUGCCCCCGUCAUAGGACAGAUCGCCCUAGAAAUAAUGGUUAACCCUCCAAGACCUGGAGACCCCUCCCAUAGCAAGUAUACACAGGAGAUUCUGACCAAUCGGAUCACCCUGGCCCAGAAUGCUCAGCGGGCUUGGGAGUUUCUGAUUGGUCUUCCGGGGGUGAGCUGUCAGCCAGUGACGGGAGGUAUUUUUAUCUACCCCCGUCUGAGCCUUCCCCCUGAGGCAGUGGAACAGGCCAGGUCUGACGGAUUGGAGGCAGACGUGCUAUACAGUCAGAGCCUACUCGAUAAGGAGGGUGUGUGUGUGGGAGCAGGGUGUGAGCAGAGAGAGGACAAAUACCACAUCAGACUGUGCGUGCUGACCCCCUCUGCCACUCUAGAGAAGGUCCUGGCAUGCCUCGGCUCGUUCCACCUGCACUUCCUGGACCAGUUCUCCCAGCAUGCUUAGGGACCGAGAGCCACAGUCUGCCACAGACAUCUCCAGGACAGGGAGCUGGACGUUCUGAACACAUUGUACUGGACAUCUACCAAAGAGAGAGACGAAGGCCCUAUAAAUUAUUGAUCAUGGGGAACCUCUGAGUAAACAAAUGUAAUAGGUCUGGACUGAAAAAUUGUCACACAGCUUAGUUCAUUUUUUGAUUUGUUAUAUUAUUUUCACUGCAUCAGGGAUAUCAUACACAGAUGUUUUUGCUUUACAGCCUUCAGUUUGUGUGUAGGUGCCUCUGAGUAGCAAAAAGCAGGUUGGUGAUUAUUGUCAUGAGUCUUGCCCUGAAGGUAAAACUGAGCGUUUUCCGCUAGAUGGGACAGCUGCAAAGUCAAAAUUGUCUGUAUCACAAAAUUAUCUUUUUAAUCUUAAUUUAAGGAUAGGGUUACGCAUUAGUUAGCAGUGUGGUUAAGGUUAGGUUUAACAUCUGAUUUUAGGACUUUGUGGCUGUGCCAGCUAGUGACUGCUAUGCCAGCUGGUGACCACUCCGCAGAGCUGAUUCCAGGGCAAAACUUAUGACAAUAAAUAUUAACCUGCUAACAAAACAGUAACUGUGUAAGAACUCAAUUCCUUGACAUUUUGUGAUAUGCAUGUGACCUUACAUUUAACAUUAGAUUAUGAAUGCAAAGACAGGAUAGACAGCCAUUGGAAAUAAAAAAAACACACACAUUA